AGCUCACGCCAUCGUAUCGUCUAGAACGUGUCAAAAGAAGACGUUGUUCCUCUGCACAUGUGGUGGCUUGUUAGCAUCAUCGUCAUGCGUAGUCGACCUUGUUGCAUGCCUCACGACAUCGUCGUCUAUUUCCACUUGUAAUCGUCCCGAGGCCACCCCCUCUCCAUUGAUUUUGCCCCUCACCCCCAGCAGCAAGCAGCGAGAGGAGCGGCAAAGUUUCUGCAACAAUGGACGCCAAACCUGCAGCACGCCGACCAUGGAGUCUGCGCCGAAAACUCCUUCUCAUCGUCCUUCCCCUCGUCAUCAUCGUUCUAGCCCUAGCGCUAGGUCUUGGUCUGGGUCUGACGCUCGGAGGAAGCGGAGACGACAAUAGCUCCUCUCCUCCUACCUCCACGCUAACCCCGCUUCCAUCUCCGAACUCGACAGUUCCCUGGACACCCGCCGUAUCGUCAACAUGGCAAAUCAUCCUCAACCAUCCGCCUGUGCUGGACAAGGACGCUUCAAACACCACGCCUGAUGUAUCCAUCUUCGAUAUUGAUCUCUUCGAUACCCCAAAGGAAACUAUCCAGCAGCUGCACGCACUGGGCAAGAAAGUGAUAUGUUAUUUCAGCGCGGGGAGCUACGAAAACUGGCGACCUGAUGCAAGCGAGUUCAAGCCAGAGGAUCUCGGACACAAUCUCGAUGGCUGGCCCGGCGAAAAAUGGUUGAAGCUCAGCAGCGAUAAUGUGCGACGCAUCAUGAAGGAGAGGAUGAAAAUGGCCGUCGAAAAGGGAUGUGACGGUGUCGAUCCCGAUAACGUGGACGCAUAUCAAAACGAUAACGGUCUCGGGCUGACGUCGAAUGACUCCAUCAACUACAUGGAGUACCUCUCGUCGAUCACUGCGCCCCUGAAGCUUGCCCUCGGUCUCAAAAACGCCGGUGACAUCAUUCCAGCUGUGCUACCCCUGGUCCACUUCUCGGUCAAUGAGCAGUGUGUCAAGUACUCCGAAUGCGCUACCUUUGCGCCUUUCAUCGCUGCUGGCAAGCCUGUGUUUCACAUCGAGUAUCCAGACGGUGCUGGGGCGGAGCAAGGGCUGAAGGAGGAUGUAGUGGGAGAAUUCUGUGCAACGAAUGGGAAAGGCGAUGGGAGCCAAGGCUUCAGCACCUUGUUGAAGAAGAUGGAAUUAGAUGGUUGGGUGGAGUACUGUGACAAGGUCGUAGAGACUACGGAUGUAAACGAGAAUCUUGGUGGAGGCAAAGGCAAUGGAGGAGACCGAAAGCGAUAAAAGAAAAGAAAAUCAAUUUUCAUGUGGGAAUUCACUCAUCUCG